AUGCCUGCCAAGGCCCUGGUGGCUGAGGAUGGAGUGGCCUUUAUCCUUUUGAGCCCAAAUCAUGCUGCCUGGAGCCCUAGCGCCCCGCGUGCGCGCCCGCCUGCUCCGCGCACCUGCCGCGGGCGCCUCGCGGGCCUGAGCUGGAGGCUGGCGGGCAGCGCGCACAGGUGGCGGCUAUCGGGCAGGCGGGGCCCGGGGGUGACGUCACGGGCUCCGGUCCCGGCGGCAGAAAUAGGGCGGCCGCGGCGGCUGUGGCUCAGCAGCGGGCAGCGGCGGCUCGGAGGGCCGGAGCCGAGGCAGCCUCCAGCGCGCCCGGGAGUCGCCGACCGCCGAGGGGCACGGCCGGAAGACGCGGGGCCGGGUCGCCGCCGCCGCCGCCGCCGCCACGGGCUCGCCCGCCCGCCCGCCGGAGUCCAGCCACCCGGUCUUUCCCUCGGCCCGGGCCGCCGCAGACUCAACAAAAUGAAGCCAGGAUACUUUUGGCUGCAUCUUGCACUGCUUGGGGCCUCGCUGCCAGCUGCGCUGGGAUGGAUGGACCCAGGAACCAGCAGAGGCCUGAACAUGGGUGUGGGGGAGUCGCAGGCAGAGCAACCUGGGAGCUUCCACCGGAGGAGCCGGGAUGCCCUGGGAAGGACCUGUCGGGUUUACCUGACACGCUUGGAGGGCCGGACCGCACCUCGGCCCCCGUACCCUCUCUCCACGCCCACCCAUGCACAGAACGCCUUACAUCAGGCCUCUCCCCACAGCGUGGGGCUUUCUGGCCACGAUGGUCUGCCGGCCUCCUGUGGGAAGAAGUUCUGUGGCCGUGGGAGCAGGUGCAUGCCCAGCAGGGAGACGGGGCAGCCUGAGUGCCGGUGCCUGGAGGCGUGCAGACCCAGCUACAUGCCCGUAUGCGGCUCCGAUGGCAGGUUUUACGAGAACCACUGUGAGCUCCACCGUGCUGCCUGCCUGCUGGAGAAGAAGAUUGUCGUUGUCCACAGCAAAGACUGUUUCCUUAAAGGUGACCCAUGCACCAUGGCCGACUACGCCCGCCUGAAGAAUGUCCUUCUAGCACUCCAGACCCACCUGCAGCCACUCCAAGAAGGCGACAGCAGACAAGACCCUGCCUCCCAGAAGCGCCUCCUGGUGGACUCUUUGUUUAAGUACUUGGACGCAGAUGGUGACGGCCACCUCAUCAGCUCUGAACUGGCUCAGCACGUGCUGAAGGAGCAUGACCUGGAGGAGGACGUCCUGGGGUGCUCGCCCGGUGACCUCCUCCGAUUUGAUGACUACAACAGCGACGGCUCCCUGACGCUGCCCGAGUUCCACACAGCCUUCCAGGUGGUUCAGCUCAGCCUGGCCCCUGAGGAGAGAGUCCGCGUGGCCACAGUGACCGUGGGGCUGAGCACAGUGCUGACCUGCGCUGUCCAUGGAUACCUGCGGCCACCCAUCAUCUGGAAGCGCAACGGGCUCUCCCUCAACUUCCUGGACUUGGAAGACAUCAAUGACUUCGGAGAGGACGACUCCCUCUACAUCACCAAGGUGACCACCAUCCACAUGGGCAAUUACACCUGCCAUGCCUCCGGCCAUGAGGAGCUGUUCCAGACCCACGUCCUGCAGGUGAAUGCACCACCAGUCAUCCGCGUCUACCCAGAGACCCAGGCACAGGAGCCUGGGGUGGCGGCCACUCUGAGAUGCCAUGCAGAGGGCAUUCCUAUGCCCAGAAUCACUUGGCUGAAAAACGGCAUGGAUGUCUCAACUCAGAUGUCAAAACAGCUCUCCCUUUUAGCCAAUGGGAGCGAACUCUACAUCAGUAGUGUUCGGUAUGAAGACACAGGGGCGUAUACCUGCAUCGCCAAGAAUGAAGUGGGUGUGGAUGAAGAUAUUUCCUCACUCUUCAUUGAAGACUCAGCUAGAAAGACCCUUGCAAACAUUCUUUGGCGAGAGGAAGGCCUCAGCGUGGGGAACAUGUUCUACAUCUUCUCUGACGACGGCAUCGUCAUCCUUCAUCCUGUGGACUGUGAGAUCCAGCGGCACCUCAAACCCACGGAGAAGAUCUUCAUGAGCUACGAAGAAAUCUGUCCUCACGGGGGAGAAAAUGUCACCCAGCCGUGCCAGUGGGCAUCGGCGGUGAACGUCAGGCACCGGUACAUCUACGUGGCCCAGCCGACACUGAGCAGAGUCCUCGUGGUCGACGUGCAAGCCCAGAAAGUCCUACAGUCCAUAGGUGUGGACCCUCUGCCAGCUAAGCUGUCCUACGACAAGUCACAUGAUCAAGUGUGGGUGCUGAGCUGGGGGGAUGUGCACAAGUCCCAACCAAGCCUCCAGGUAUGUUGAGCACAUGGAAGCAAGCUGAAACACACACACCCCUUUCUAAUAGAGGUCUCCUGCUUCCACAGGCAGCUGAUCACAGUUAUCCAAAUAUGUCCAAAACGGCUCAAGGAGAGAGAAGGAGACAGCCUCAGGCUAGUGCCCCUCACAAGCAAUUAACAGGCAGCUUCAGCCAGGCCUGCUGUUAGUAAUACUGGUGACAGACAGGAUUCUGAUGGCAACCAGAAUGUGGCUCCUGGGACCAAACAGAAGCGAGGCCCUGGAGUCCAGGCAGUGAGAAGGGAGACAGGGCUUUCCUCAUCUGGGGUUCGGGGAGGAUAGCAUCAAAGUGAGCUCCAGAUGCUGGCCCACAGGAAGAAGAAGGAAGCGCAACACCAGCAACUGUGUCCGUAACAGAAGCACGUUCACUGAGGGCUGACAGUGCCCUAGGGCAGGGAAAGUUAAAUGAUUGGCAGCUGUGCAACCCGGGCAGUGUAGGUCUGCCGGCCACACCUUUCAGCCACUGCCCUGGAUGGCCUCAUGGGAAGAGCUUGGGCCCGGGAGACCUACAGAGUUCCUCCCUCCACCAGCCA